ACCAAAGGGAGAAUAAAGGCACGUCAGAGAAAGUUGCACCAAAUAGCUCGGUUGCUAGAACUUCCUGGGCAUCUCCAGCCCUGCCCGUCACCUCCAGCACAUGCACUGCAUACUAUGCGCCAAGAAGCUCACAGACGAGGUGUAAGCCGUGCUAGUGGUGGGGAAGGACGUAGUCGCAGUCAAUCUCACCGCCCACUGUUCAAUGUUUCAAGAGUUCCUGGAUUUGCGCUGAAGCGUGAAGGUGGGGCUGGACUCCAACCAAGUCCCGAUGCUCAAGACCAGGUAGCAGUUUGUUCAGGUAGAUCGGAAUCGCAAAGUCCAAGUCGUCUUGGAAGGCAGAAAAGCAGACAUCCACAGGGAGCACGGGAAGGCAUCUCUCGUUCCACCUCCCGACCUCGUCCCCGAAGCGAAGAAAUUCCAAUGGAAGAUAUGAUGACGACUGGAGUACCCCAGGCCUCCCCCUCACUGCCCAAGGUGAAUAUAGAGAGGACUAGCUCUCCUCAAGACAGUAAUGGCAGCAGUAGCAGCAGCUCCAGUAGUACAGGAGAGAUGAUGGCGGAUAUGGGCAUUACAGGGAAUUUAGAGUUACCAACAAGGGCCAACAGUGUGACUCCAGGAGAGGACGAAGGGGUCUGGCCUUAUGUGUCAUUAGUUGGGAAUGUCGCGCUCUCCCCUGGUCCCACUCGCAUCCUUCCGCCCCUGAGUCAAGUGCCGCCGCCUCUGCUUGUACCCGCUGUUCUUGACACGAGAGUCUUCCCUAAGGAGAGUGAUAACCAAAGUCAUGUUGCUCCCCCUUCACAGUUGGCACAGCCUCCAACGCCAGAUGAAACUGAAACUUCCUUUACUGCCAAACCCCCUCUUGCUAGAACAACAGGAACAUAUGAUGUGUUUGAGCCACAUGUGAAUGGGAGUGUUGAGGAAGGUGACUGUGAAAGGAGGGAUGGUGCUAGGAACAGUGUGGGCUCAUCAGAUUUUAGCCCUAUACGCAGGGUUCGUGUCAAGGGCAAUGUAGAGACUGUUUAAGGGGAAAAAAGUAAAUAUGUAAAAAAUCUCAUAAUGUCCUUAACUUCACAUCAUAAAAAGAACCUCAGAUUUAUAAGAUGCCACAUAAAAUAAAGUUGAUAGAUGGAGUUUACUUUAAUAAUUUGUUUACAGAUCAAUCCAUGCCUGUGAAUGAUCCGGAUUAUAGUUGAUAAUUUUUCAUUUUAUAGAAAGCAGAACUUGGAAUGAGUACAACAAGAGGAAGAUAUCAGAUCUAUAAAUCUAAAUUUUUGUAACAUCACAAAGCAAGGCCAAUUUAGUUGUAGGAAGGAAGGAAGGGGCAAAUAAUAAGGAAAAUGGAUAGCUUGUUGACAGAUUCAUUAAUCCUCAAGUGCGAAUAAACCAUAGAAAAAAAAAAUCAUAAUUUAUGAGCAUUUUUGUGUAUAUCAGUAGUGAUACAAGUAAAAGAUAUUUCAUUGAUCCAGAUAUACUUUUCAUUUUCAAAUUGUAAAGUAGCCUGGUGUUAACAUAUCACUAACCGUAGGCCAAUAUCUAAAUUGUUUUGAUUGAUUCUGAAUUGCCUUUGUUUCACAGAUGCAGAGAAAAUAAAAUGCAAGGAAAUUAAAGACUUUUUCAACUGAAAACAUUAUGUAGCAAAGCAGAUAUAUGGUACUUAAAGAAUUGAAAACUGCUGAUGAUGAAGUACUAAUCAGAGUAAACCCCUGUUGGUGAUGGUGUUUGUUGUUGGAGCUAUAUUGUGUGAGCAUUGGCUGUCAGUUCAAAUUUAGGAUGAAUAUAUUAUGAAAGAAGACUCCCUUUAGUAGACUACAAUUACAUUGGAUGUUACCCUUGUAACUGUGGAAUCAUAGAAUGCAACAAAUUAGCUAGCAAUAAUAUGGAAUUAGCGAAGGGAGGAAAACAGUUGUAUUUAUAAACUGAAAUUGAGGAUAUUGAAAUUUAAAGCAAAUCACAUUAUUUUGAUUCAGUUUUUUGAAUGUUGAACCAAAGUCUCGUGAUGCAGUGGCAAUUGGUACAAUACAAGUAGAUACCAUCCAGCUGUAAAGUAGGAAAGUGGCUUUUCAGGAUUACAAAAGAUAUAAAGCCACUGUACUGCCAUGAUUUUAUGCGUAUGAUUUUUAACUAUUUAUUUCCUGCCAUUCUCAAGUGGUUGACUACUUAUGGGAGUAAAAUUAAGUACAAUAUUAUUUUAUAUACAAAUAUAAAUAUAACUAAAAUAUUUAUCUAUUGUCAUUUAGUGCCCUAUUAUUUAUUAUUAUGAAAAUUGUUGCUUAUAGAAAAUAUAUAUAGAAAUGCUGUUUACUGUUUGAAAUUGAUAUUUUGAUCAUCAGAUUCAUUUGAGAAAUAAAGAUAUUGUGAUCAGUCUGUUUAUUGUUCAUGUUAAUACUUAUGAAAUAGGAGCCAUUGAGAUAUAUAAAAUCCAGAUGAUCAUUCAGUGAAUGGAAGAUAAAACAACCCUUUGACUGCAGAAGUACAGAAGCAGUAAAAUUUGGAAUACCAUUUCGGCUGCCAGAGAGGAAAAGGAAUAAAUUGCAUGAUAAACAUAAUGUACAUUAAACUAUAUGCAUGCAACUAUAGUGAACAGUUAUUUCCAACUAAUUUUACUCUCCCUGACUCCUGCAGUAGAGAAAGGGUAUGUACUUGUGGUUAUAAAUUACACACAAAAUACAAAUUCUUCUCCAUAACGGGAGAAGUGUGGAAUGUUUUUAUCCAUAUUUUGUAUGAUUUUGAAAUGGUUUAUAAGUAUUCAAUGUGAAAAAGUGGAGUUGAUUAGAAGAAAGAAAACCUUUUAUUGUAAUAUACUUUUUCAUAGUGAUCCACUACAGUUUUUUGCAGAAACAAAGUUUAUCAACAUAUAUGGUGCAGGUCAGGCUUGUUGAACAUUUUUGAGUGAUUUGUGUGAAUUUGUUUCCUUGGAUUUUGUUGACAUAUGAAGUAUCUGCUAUGAAAGCUCAUCUGUGCUUAUGAGUGGAAAUGUGUUUUAGCUCUCCCUUUGCCUAUUUUUCUUUGGUUAAAAGAGGAACAUUUCUAAAAUAUUUUUCUGUUAAAAUGAGAAGAAAAUUUGUGGCAUUCAAAUGUGCCAAAUAAAUUUUGAAGUAAGGGUUGCCAGAAUAAUUAAUGUUUUUGUUUAUUAACAAGAAUAUAUGUGACCAUGCCUUAUGUAUAAGAAAAAUCAGUGUAUUUAAGUUCAUAUUUCUGAUUACUUGACAAAGAUAAAGUGUAUGAAUGUAUACAGGAUCUGUAUUUUAUAUAUUGUACACAAAAAUGUGGCAUAAAGCUUAAUGUUAAUAUAUUGUAGAUAAACAAAUUCUAAUUCCA